AUCUUGUGGGGGGGGGUUCUUGGCCACCAGUGAAACUUUUUUCAAGUUCUAUGGGGGGCCCUGGCCGCCAGUGAAGCUUUUUCUAAGUUUUAUGGUGGGUAUGGUGGGUCCCCUUUUAACUUUUAAGGGGGGGGCCUGGCCACCAAUUGAUUUUUUUAACUGAUCACCCAUUACAUUGACCAAACAUUUAUUUAAUGUUUAUGGAGGACCCUGACCACCAAUUUUAGGGGGAACCUUGGCUACCAAUGGGUUUUAGCAUUCAUGUUUUAGUUUGGUUUUACUUUUACUUUGGUUUACAUUUUUUACUGUGGUUUGAGGAGUCUGGGACAGGGUUGGUGGUGUAGGGGGGGCCCAAGAAAAUGUUGUCAUAUUGGGCCCCAGAAAAUGUUGUCAUAUUGGGAGCCAUGUUUUCUGAUAAGGGCCCUACCUAAGGGAGGUGGGGGUGUGGAUGAGGUAAGGAGGCCAUAUACAAGUUUUGCACUUGGGCUUGUUGGCCUCUAGUUAGGCAGUUGCAAUCAGUAAUCUCACAACAAAUUAAUGUAGCGCUGCUACAUUUAAAUGAAUAUUUGUGCUAAAUUUCAAUCUUGUGUGGCACAUACAGCUUUAUAGUAUUUUAAUGCUGUAAUCCAGAUUUCCUCUUCAGCACCUAAAGUCUGUUUACAGCUUCAGCAAGGGAAAUCCCUGUUACUGAAUGAAGGACAAGCACAGAGGUUAAAAAAAAAACGUAGACAGCUAUUUUUGGAACAGCUGAGUAUUCAGAAUGCAAACCAAACUCCACAAGGACUGCAUUAUAAAUUGAGCGCCACAACAGCAGAAUUAACUUGUAAUGUUAACAUUCAGAAAGUUUUUAGCUGCUUCUUAAGGCAGAACUGGAAGUAAAUGAUGGCAAAGAAAAUUAAGGACCGCAUGCAUUGAUUUUACGCCAUGAAUAUCCAAUUGGGUAAAGAUUUGCUGAAAGAUUUUUGAUAUCAACACCUAUGGAUCCAUUGAAUGACACUGUUCUUGAGGUUGGAAAUCAGCUGUUCAAUGUGAACAGGUCUCUCCUAGCUUCCCAAAGUAGAUUUUUUGAUGUCUUGUUUUAUGGUGGAUUCAAGGAAAGUACUCACCGUAAAAUUCAUCUUGAAGGGGUAAAUGAAUGGUGCUUCCAGGCCCUGCUUGAUUUUAUGAACAAUGGAACAAUCAAAAUGAAUAUAAUUAAUGUUACAGCUCUUCUAGAAACAGCAGAUUUUUUGGACUUGCAAAAGGCUAAGAUGAGAUGUGCUGGCUUUUUAGCUAAUGAAUUACGGGUGUCAAACUGUCUGGGAAUGAUGACCUAUUCUCAACAGUAUAACUGUUCUGAACUGUAUUCUUCUGCUUUAAAUGUGGCCCUUACCCACUUCUCAGAGUUGUAUAACAAUGCAGAGGAAUUUAUUCAACUUGACAAGGAAAGUCUUUUUAAACUUUUGCAAAAUAGUGAUUUAUAUGUUCCUGCUGAAGACACUGUUUUUGAUGCCGUCAUGAAAUGGGUCAUGGAAGACCCAGUUAGAGAAAAGGACUUUGAAGAUCUAAUAGCACAAGUGAGACUUUGUUUUCUUAGUCUCACCUUUCUUGAUAUCUUAGUAAAAAGAAGUCAAAGGGGAGGACUGCAGGAUACAUAUAGUAGACUUCUGAAAAACUUGAAUGCCAAACCCCCCAAGACAUGGACUACCAUAGAUGAAACUAUGUCUACCAGCAGAAAAUUUGAUACAUUAUAUGUCUUAGGAGGAAAGCAUGAAAAAGAUCAACAAGAUUUAUUUAUGUUUUUGCCUAAAACAUCCACAUGGAGAGCCUGUACACCACUUCAACGUAAAAAUCUUACCCAGUAUGCAGUGACAACAGUAGGCAACCUUUUAAUAGUGACUGGAGGUUACUUCCGUGGGGACUUUGUGUGGUACAGUAUAGACUGGGUACUUAUUUAUGACUCUUCCCAAAACUCUUGGACUGAUGGGCCACCAAUGAAGAUGUCCAGGAACUGCCAUUGUGCUGUGGCAGUUGGCUUUCACUUGUAUGCACUAGGAGGGAGUACUGACGAAGGAGUGACUGCAGAUGUGGAAAUGUUGGACCUUGCAGUGCUGAAGUGGGAGAGUCGGCACCCACUUCUUAGACCUGUUGAAAGAGCAGCAGCUUCUAGCAGUGGUACUAAAGUCUAUGUCAUCUGUGGUCGAGAUGAAAAUGGAGAUGUGUACAGUGGAAUCCAACAACUAAAUACUGAGACUAAUGAGUGGGAUGUGAUUUCUUAUUCUCCACUGCCAAGAUAUGAUUUAUGUGCUGCAAUUCUUAAUGAAAUCUUAUAUACAAUUGGUGGACAGACACUUCGAUUUGACCUUGCGACUAAGGAAUGGUUGGUGCUCAGUGAAGAAUGUCUGAACCGCAAGUUUUUUAUGGGAUGUUGCACGGUUAAUGGGCGAAUCUUCUUACUUGGACAGAGAAGAGCAAGUGUAACUCAUGAUAUCCCAAGCUUUGUGUUGUUUGACCCAUACAUGGAUAUGUGCAGAGUGGAAGAUGCCAACAUUCCCUGCCCUUUGCCUAUCAGAGGCUGUGUUACAAUAAGACGUUAUGAUGUUUGAUCAUGAGAAAUUAUGUUUUCAUCAAAGCAUGUGAAACAUGUGUUUACUGUAACUGAAAUAACACAAGUAAGUAAAUACACCUGUAUAUAGAGGUGGCAAUACAAAUGGUUCCUAUUUCACUUCUAUAUACAGUAUUACUGAAUAUCAGCUUAACUUCAACACUAUAUCUCUAUAUCUACGGCUAUACAAUAUAGCAAUAUGUGGCUUUCACAACAGUGCUAAUGGGCUUGUUUUUACCACAUCUUGCAUAGUAAGUGAUCAGUAAAUGAGUCUUAAGUGGUAAGCAGUCUUUCUUUAUAUAGUAUGUAGAUAGAUAGUAUUGGAUGACAGGUUGUUCUGCUGGUAAUAAAAAUCCAAUAUUACACACCA